ACGAGCCCGCCAUUGCAAUAUGGCGGAAAACAAAACGAAAAUUAUGAAAAAGAAGUAUCAAUAAGUGUCGCCAAAAUGGUGUUAGCAGAUUUAGGACGGAAGAUAACGACUGCAUUGCGCUCUCUGAGCAAUGCGACAGUCAUCAAUGAAGAGGUGCUUAAUGCAAUGCUUAAAGAAGUAUGCGCUGCAUUACUAGAAUCUGAUGUCAAUGUGCAAUUGGUGAAACGUCUACGUGAAAAUGUCAAAGCCGCUAUUGAUUUUGAGGAGAUGGCAGCAGGUCUUAACAAGAGGAAAAUGAUCCAGCACACUGUAUUCCAGGAAUUGUGCAAGCUUGUUGAUCCUGGGGUAAAGGCCUGGACGCCAAGUAAAGGGAAAAAGAAUGUGAUCAUGUUUGUUGGACUUCAAGGGAGUGGAAAGACCACAACAUGCUCUAAGCUUGCUUAUUACUACCAGCGCAAGGGCUGGAAGACAUGUCUGAUUUGUGCUGACACAUUCAGAGCAGGUGCAUUUGACCAGUUGAAGCAGAAUGCUACAAAAGCUAGGAUUCCAUUUUAUGGAAGUUACACUGAGACAGAUCCAGUAAUUAUUGCUCAAGAAGGAGUGGAGAAAUUUAAAGAAGAAAAUUUUGAGAUAAUUAUAGUUGAUACAAGUGGUCGGCAUAAGCAAGAAGAGUCAUUAUUUGAGGAAAUGUUGCAAGUAUCAAAUGCAGUGUCACCUGAUAAUAUCAUCUUUGUGAUGGAUGCGACCAUUGGACAAGCUUGUGAAUCUCAGUCAAGAGCAUUCAAAGAGAAAGUUGAUGUAGCAUCAGUUAUUGUAACAAAACUUGACGGACAUGCAAAGGGAGGAGGAGCUCUUAGUGCUGUUGCCGCCACCAAAAGUCCUAUCAUCUUUAUCGGUACAGGAGAACACAUUGAUGAUUUUGAGCAGUUUAAAACAAGACCUUUUAUCAGCAAGCUUCUUGGUAUGGGGGAUAUUGAAGGUCUGAUUGACAAAGUCAAUGAGCUGAAGCUGGAAGAUAAUGAAGAGCUGAUUGACAAGUUAAAGCAUGGUGUGUUCAGUCUACGAGACAUGUAUGAACAGUUCCAGAAUAUCAUGAAAAUGGGUCCCUUUGGACAGAUUAUGGGCAUGAUCCCAGGGUUCAGUAGCGACUUUCUGUCCAAAGGCAAUGAACAGGAAUCCAUGGCUAGAUUAAAACGACUCAUGACCAUCAUGGACAGCAUGAAUGACCAAGAGCUGGACAGUCCCAAUGGUGCCAAGCUGUUCACCCGUCAGCCAGGCCGUACUACACGUGUCGCACGAGGCUCAGGCGUGUCUGUGCGUGAAGUUCAAGAGCUACUCUCUCAAUACCAGAAGUUUGCCCAGAUGGUUAAGAAGAUGGGAGGCAUAAAGGGCUUGUUCAAAGGUGGUGAUAUGACGAGAAAUGUUAACCCAACACAGAUGACUAAACUCAACCAUCAAAUGGCGAAAAUGAUGGACCCAAGGGUAUUACAGCAGAUGGGCGGCAUGUCUGGACUCCAAAAUAUGAUGCGGCAAUUCCAGCAAGGAUCUCAUGGGGCGGGUGGAUUCAAGUAAAAUGUUUGGAUGAUGCAAUGGACAUUGAACUGGGACAAGAGACAAGCUGAAUAGACCAAAAGGCCACACUGUUAGGAAGUGGAGGAGUUCAUAUUUAUCCAAAUUCUCGUGCUCUCUACAGUCAGCAGCUCAUGUUUUCAAUUUAUUUUAGUCAUCUUAGGUGGUGACCGAAAUUAUUUCAAUGUUUUCCACAGCAAAACCUUGGCGACCGCAUCCAAGAUCGUUCGGCAAAAUGUAACUGUAAUGUCUUGUUUUAGGUCAAAUGAUUUAUUACUAAAAAUUGGGAUAGCGCAAAUGAGAGUCUGCGGGCAUUUAUCCAUCUCAGGUGCAGAAACCUGAUCCCCCCUAGACUUGAAUAGCGUACUGUAUGUGGAACGUUGAGAGAACCAAGGGGUACAGCAACCUGCAAUGGACUGAUAACGAACACUAAAUGGGUCCUAAGGGGUGGAUGACUAAAUUGUACAUAUACAUGUCAAACAAUUCAGAAUGGAUUCCGGUCAAGCCAUAAAGAAGAGCAAACUGAUUAAUAAAAUGCAAUAGAUGAUUGA